AUGGCGCGUCUACAGUUGUUACCAUGGAUGUUUUCCAUGGCUCUCUUUCAUGCCGCCCAAUCUCGAACUUGUUUGCCCGCGUAUGAGGCGCAAAUAUCGUACGUAGGGUGCUACCAUGAUCCUAACUCGCCUCGCGAUCUCGCGGGCCCUUUCUUGACGGUUGGAAACCUCAACUCGCCGCAGUACUGCGCCAACGUGUGUGGUGCGGCUGGUUAUCAGUUUGCUGGUGUCGAGUUUACCAUACAAUGCUUCUGCGGGCAUCGUAUUGAGAGCACAGCCAUAAAGGCUGAUGAGAGCCAAUGCAGCUCACCAUGUCCCGCGGACUCCAGCAAGAUAUGUGGUGGUGGAAAUAUGAUUAAUAUCUACUCCGUCACCAACCCCUCGGCAAAUCCCCCCUUGACGCCUUCAUUCCCGGACUGUACUCGUGAUCCACUGUGCAGCAAUGAUAUCUGCGAUACCACUCUUAGCAUGGCUGACAGAGCCGCUGCGAUUGUGAAGCCUAUGACACUUGAUGAGAAGGUUUCCAACGUUGGCAGUUCUGCUUCCGGCAGUGCAAGACUCGGUUUGCCCGCAUACCAAUGGCAGAAUGAAGCACUCCACGGAGUUGCUGGCAGUACUGGUGUCCAGUUUCAGUCGCCUCUUGGUGCCAACUUUAGUGCUGCAACCAGUUUUCCCAUGCCCAUUCUCCUCUCUGCUGCCUUUGACGAUGCUCUAGUCCAAAGCGUUGCCACCGCCAUCAGUACGGAAGCGCGUGCCUUUGCAAAUUUCGGAUUUGCUGGACUUGACUUUUGGACGCCAAAUAUCAACCCAUUCCGAGAUCCGCGAUGGGGUCGAGGCAUGGAGACUCCAGGAGAAGAUGCCUUCCGCAUCCAAGGCUAUGUCCUGGCACUGAUUAGUGGUCUUCAAGGAGGAAUCAACCCUGAUUUCCUCAGGAUAAUCGCAACCUGCAAACAUUUUGCGGCCUACGACGUUGAAAAUGGCCGAACGGGCAACAAUCUUAAUCCCACUCAGCAAGAUAUGGCUGACUACUAUCUGCCAAUGUUUGAGACUUGCGUUCGUGACGCAAAGGUCGCCUCUGUCAUGUGCGCGUAUAACGCUGUCGAUGGCGUUCCAGCUUGCGCGAGCGAGUACCUCCUGCAAGAUGUCCUACGAGAUGGCUUUGGGUUUACUGAAGACUUCAACUAUGUCGUUUCUGACUGCGAUGCUGUUGAGAACGUUUUUGAUCCCCACAACUACGCCAGCAACCUGACUGAAGCUGCUGCCUUGAGUCUGAAUGCUGGUACCGAUCUCGACUGCGGUAGCUCUUAUAACGUCUUGAACGCCUCGGUAGAGGCCUCUUUGACGUCGGAAGCUGCUCUGAACCAGUCAUUGGUCCGUUUAUAUUCGGCGCUGAUCAAGGUCGGAUAUUUUGAUCAGCCAGCCAAAUACGCUUCGCUGAGCUGGGCAAAUGUCAAUACCACUCAAACCCAGGCACUUGCUCACGAUGCUGCCACUGAAGGAAUGACAUUGUUGAAGAAUGACGGGACUCUUCCACUUUCUCGCACCCUCUCCAAUGUCGCUGUUAUUGGCCCAUGGGUUGACGUCACAACCGAGAUGCAGGGCAACUACGCCGGCACGGCACCAUUCCUGGUAAACCCUUUGACUGUCUUCCAACAGAAAUGGGGUAAUGUCAAGUAUGCUCAGGGUACUGCUAUUAACUCCCAAGACACUAGCGGAUUUAGUGCUGCUCUCUCUGCUGCAAGCUCUUCUGAUGUCAUUGUUUACCUCGGCGGAAUUGAUAUAACUGUAGAGAACGAAGGUUUUGACCGCGGCUCAAUCACUUGGCCUGGAAACCAGCUCAGUCUGAUCUCUCAGUUGGCAAACCUGGGCAAGCCUCUGGUGAUCGUUCAGUUUGGAGGUGGCCAGAUUGAUGACAGCUCCCUGCUAAGCAACCCCAAUGUUAACUCGAUUCUGUGGGCCGGAUAUCCAGGGCAGGAUGGCGGCAAUGCCAUUUUUGAUGUUCUCACCGGCGCAAACCCGCCAGCUGGAAGACUUCCUAUUACCCAGUACCCCGCUAGUUACAUCAAUAACAACAAUAUCCAAGAUAUGAACCUGCGACCAAGCAAUGGCAUUCCUGGACGCACAUAUGCCUGGUACACUGGCACGCCAGUUCUUCCAUUCGGUUACGGUUUGCACUAUACCAACUUCUCUGUGUCCUUCCAAUCUACAAGCACUGUUGGCACAGAUGUUGCAACUAUUGUUAAUAACGCAGGAGCGGUCAAAGAUACAUCGGUAUUUGCGACGCUCGUUGUGAACGUUCACAACACCGGCGGCAAGGCAAAUCUUGCGUCCGACUAUGUCGGUCUCCUGUUCCUCUCAUCCACAAACGCAGGUCCGUCACCACACCCCAAUAAGCAACUGGCUGCAUAUGGGCGUGUCAAGAGCGUUGGUGUCGGAGGGACCCAGCAAUUGACUUUGAAAGUAAACCUCGGAUCAUUGGCACGUGCAGAUACCAAUGGUGAUAGAUGGAUUUACCCCGGUUCAUACACCCUCACUCUAGACGUCAAUGGACCACAAACGUUCAAUUUCACUUUGACUGGUCAAGCUACAAAGAUCAGCACGUUGCCGAGGAGAUCUUAAGAAUAUAAUGAUAGGAUG